CGCUACUAACGCGCCCAGUCACGAUAAAAGCUGAUGGGAAAAGCAUAUGCGCCAGGACUGAUCCUCUCUCCCCGCCUCACCCUCCGCUCUGAGCAAUGCCGCCCCCGCCCAGCCCCGUCUCAAUGUUUGACGGCGUCCGUCACCGACGGAGCCUCGUCUAGGGAUGCCGGUCCACCAACCACUGACUACUGACGAGAGGCUCGGGCCUGGUUGCGCGCAUGCGUCGCCUUGCAUUGCGCUGUGCUCCCACCACGCCGAUGGCUCGAUACCUCGUGGGGCACGCAGGCCUUACAUACCGCUCGUCUUCCACUGUUUCCUUCUCGUUGCUCCGCCUCUGUCAUGGUGUCCUGCCGCUGAACAUGGUGCGCAACAUUCCCAUCUCGGUCCUGCUCAGCUUCCCCGCGCCCAACUAUGUCGAUCCAGUGACUCGCGGCCCUUCGCUUGUGGUUGUCAAUGCCAUCUUCAUCGCUCUUGUUAAUGUCAUUGUGCUGGCACGGCUUUAUACGAGGAUCUUCAUCAAACGAUGGUUUGGCUCUGAUGAUGUCUUUAUAAUAUUGGCUUUUAUUACAGCCAUUGGCUUGACAGUCAACGUCAUCAUCGCAAACACCAGCUGCUACUGGGACAGGCACAUAUGGGACAUCCCCAUAUCCUCCAUAGAAAGCGUUUUGAAAGUUGCCUUUAGCGCGAAGCUCAUUUUCGUCUUCGCCGCUACCUUCACCCGGCAGUCGCUGCUGUGCUUCUAUUACCGCCUCGUCCAGGACUCUGGCAUCACAUGGUUCCUCUGGGCUAUCCACGCGACCGUCGUCAUCAACGUUAUCACCUGCAUCGUCUUCACCGCAAUUGGGAUAUGGCAGUGCGCACCUGUCAGCGCAUACUGGGACAUACCUACCCCUGUCGGCGGCCACUGCUGGGACGAAGGUCCCGUCACCCUCAUCAUCGGUGUCGUCAACUGCUUCACCGACCUGCUCGUCACGUUGCUGCCGGUCCCCGUCAUCAUGAAAUUGCAGAUGCCUAUUCGCCAGCGCCUGGACGUUAUGCUCUUACUAAGCCUCGGCUUCGCUGUCAUCAUCGCUGGCAUAGUGCGCACGUACUUUAUUUGGAAAGGCCUGAUGGAUAGCUACGAUGAGACAUGGUUCACCUACCCGCUAUGGAUAGCCGCAGCAGUCGAGAUCGAUCUUGGAGUGAUAUGCGCCUGUGCGCCCGCUCUCCGCCCACUAACAGCCCGUUACGUCGGUCCCAUGCUCAACGACGUCUCCUCGAAACUCAACUCGCGGCUCACCUCUCUCAUCGACACGCGCUUGAGCUCGCGCAUGUCCAGCAACGGCACCCCCCGGGCCUGCAGCAAGGCCGAGCGGCACGUAUCGCGCGGCAGCGGUAGCACACUGUGCCCACCAAACAGAUUCGGCUCCAAGCUCGCCAGCAAGCUCGCCGGCAGCAACUACAAGAGCGGCACGCUUAGUCAUACUCAAGAGCUCUGCCCUGGGACCCCGAAUGUCGACGCUGACGACCUGAGCUUCAUCACGUAUCCGGAGCACCUGAACCCGCAUUUGCACGGGCGCAGCAGCAGCAGUGGCAGCCUCGGCAGCCGCAGUGGUGGCGAAAAAGAAACUUCGAUGCCCAGGCCCACUACACUGCCCGUAUUUGCAGCCCCUGCCACGGCACAGCACGCCCCUUGCCGUCCAUCGCCGCCCGCCUCCCCCCUCAGUGCCUUCAACCAGACGCCCCCGCUGCCUCUUCCGCUGGCUAUAACGUGUCGGCAAAGCGUCGAGCUAGCGCAUCUGGACUCCGCUACUGCGGCCGCGGCUGCAGCGGCGGUGAGUAGGCGCACAGGCGGCAGGAGGGGGGCUGGUGGUGCGCGCGAGCGCAUUAAUCUGGAUCCGAGGAUGCGGUGUGGGAGUCCGUUGGGGAGCUGGACUGUUGUGGGGAGCCAGGGAGGGGGUGAGAGCGGUGGUGGAGCUGGGAAAGAGGGGGGUAGGCGAGCGAGCUUGGUGAGGGCUGGGGGGUGGUGGUUUUGAUUUUGCUGCUGGUUGGCGGGGGUUUGGUAGGGGGUGGGCCUUUCGCAUUGGGAGCGUGGCGUUUUUCGGUCGUUUUCUUGGCUGGCUUUGGCGCGCGUAUGUUUGUAUGCGGUGAUGGAGAGAGGGGAGCGGUGCAUUGGUCGGUGUUGGCGUUGGCGUUGGCGCUGGCGUUGGGGCGUGGGGAUACCCUUGUUUGCGAUGGUUGGUAGCGGGUAGCGGUGUUGACGAGAAGGGAGCACUUGCCCUUAUCAGCAGUAAGUAAGUGUUUGUUCAUGACGACUUGACCAAUUUAUAUAGCUCAGUGCCGGUUUCUAUACCAUAACGAACCCUCAUAACGUCUCCU